UUGCACUUUAUCUUUAGACACAGAAAUCCUAAAAAUGGUAGUUUUGAAGAAAAGCACUGGAAGCGUGCCACUUCAGUUCCUAAAUUGGAUGAUGUUUUUAAGGAUAAGAAACCACAUUUAUUUACCUUAAUAAUUAAUCCUGAUAACAAGUUUGAAGUUCUUAUGGAUAAACAAAGUGUCCAUAAGGGUAAUCUUUUAGAUGACUUUAAUCCACCUGUCAAUCCUGAAGCUGAGAUAGAUGAUCCAACUGAUAUCAAACCUACUGAUUGGGAUGAAAGAGAAAAGAUUCCAGAUCCUACAGCCACAAAACCGGAUGACUGGGAUGAAGAUGCUCCUAGACAAAUUGUUGAUCCCAAUGCAAGAAAACCCAAUGGUUGGCUAGAUGAUGAACCUGAAUUAAUUCCUGAUCCUAAUGCUGAAAAGCCUGUGGAUUGGGAUGAUGAAAUGGAUGGUGAAUGGGAACCACCUUUAAUAACUAAUCCUAAGUGUGAAAAGGUUGGAUGUGGAAAAUGGAAACCACCAAUGAUUGAUAAUCCUAAAUAUAAAGGAAAAUGGAGGCCACCACUUAUUGAUAAUCCUAAUUACAAGGGAAAAUGGAGGCCAAGAAGAAUUCCUAAUCCUCAUUACUUUGAAGAUAAAUAUCCAUACAAAAUGACACCUGUAGCUGCUGUAGGAUUUGAGUUAUGGUCAAUGGUUGAUGGAAUUAUGUUUGACAAUUUAAUUAUCACUGACGAUUUAUAUGUUGCACAACACUGGGCAUCUGAGACUUUUGACUUAAAGCGAGAGCUUGCUGAUAGAGAAACUGACAAUAUGAUUACCAGACUCUUCAAAUAUACCAAUAAGAACCCUUGGCUUUGGGCAGUAUAUCUUGUAGUUAUAGGCCUUCCUGUUGUCCUCUUCAUUAGCUUUUGUUGUACAUCCACUCGUUCCCCUGCAGUUAUUGCUGCUCAAAGGGAAAUUGAAGCUAAACGAAAGGCAUAUGCUAGCAAAACUUUUGGUGCACAAGCUGAAGAGAAAGUGAGAGAAAUUGCUAAGGAGGCAACUAUAACUGAAGUAAAAGAAGAUGAAGAAGUUCAAGAAGGAUCAGUUGAAGAAAUUGAAUUAAUAGAUAAUGAAAAGACUGAAGAAAAAGAGGAAAUAGCUGUAGAAGAUAAAAAGGAAAGUGUUGAAGGAGAGAAAAUAUCGGAAAAUGAAGAUGACGAGCCAGAAGUACUAGGAGAACAGGAAACUGAUGCAGGAGGGGAUUUUCCACGAAGACGACGACCUCGUAAAGAGUAAAUAUUGAACAAAUUCAUUUUUGCCAUGGGGAAAGUAUGCAAGAUCAAGUGCCUAGUCAAAAGAAAAGAACAAUAAAGCAGUGAAAUAGCAACUAGAUCUGAAAUACUCAUAUACUUUUUUUUUUUUUUGGUUGUAAAGGCUCCAUGGCAUGAACAUUUAUUACUGAAAGAUUGAAUGAUAGAGUCUGUGCAUUUGAUUUAGAUGCUCAUAUUGACAGUUGCCGUGAUGAUAUAUUUAAGGACCUUAAAUGCUGAAGUAUUUGUGUGAAUGUAAUCAAAAUUUUAUUCUCGGACCUUUUUAUUUAUUUACAAAAAUCUCAACUGCAAGUGAAAUAUGAUUUUGAAAGAUGGUGUAAUUCAUGUAUUGCUUGUAAACCAUUAUAAUAUGUAGAGUUAUAAACUCUUACAUGCUGCAUUGCACCUUCCACUUAAAACACAAAAAUAAGUAUAAUACUAUUAUAUAUAGUUUUGUUUUUUGUAAUGGCUUUUGCUUAAAUAUCCAGUGAGUUUUAAUAAUUGAGUCCUUUUACUUUGAUAAAACUCACUUAUGCAUAAAUUGCAGAGUUGCAAAGUGCUUUCCAUAGCCGGAAUUUUUCAGUGGACAUUUUUUUAAUAGAAUAAGCAUUUAAAUCUUCCAAAAAAGCAUAUUUUGAGAAAAUCAUUAAGUAUUUAACUGCUACUCUUUUGUAAUAGGAGCUCUUUUUUUGGGGGGGGGUGUCUAAAUGUAAUGUAUUAAAAAUGAAAUUCAAGUAGGAAAACUCUUUUAAUACAUUCAUAUAAAGGGAUAUAUUCAUUUAAAAAGAAUUUGUAUGUUUUUUAUUUAUACUAUAAUUAGUUUCUAGAAAAAUUAAUAUUUGUUCUAAAAUAAUAUAAUAUCAUAAAAAUACUAUUGAAAUAUUUGAUGCCUUUUUUAAUAAAUGAAAAAUAUUACAUUGUCUUUAAUGUUGUAAUUUGCCAUCUUUUAAGGAUGUGAUACCUUUAAAACUCCCAAUUCUCAUUUGUCACGUGAAAAACGCUAUUGUACAUCCCAUGUUUCUGUGCGCCUUUAAAUCUGAAAAAUAAUGUCCUUAAAUUAAAUUUUAAUUCUUAAUAUAUUCGUGUGAUUUACAUUAACCAUUAUAUAUUCACAUGGUUUACAUUAAAUAUGUUUUUCAUUAUAUUUAUUUUGCCUACAUUCUUUCAUCUUUAAUGUAAACCAGUCUAUUAAUGGCUUCCUCCCUCUGAAAAUAAAGUAAGCAUACUUUGUAAACGAUAAAUUUGCAAAUAAGUACGAUCAGUACAAAUCAAAUUUAAAUGCAUUAAUACUAUCAUAUCUAUCUUCUAUAAAUUUGCAAAAUUCUAUAAAAUUGCACUUAUUUGUAAAUUUAUAGAAGAUAGAUCUGAUAGUAUUAAUGCAUUUAAAUUUGAUUUGUACUGAUCGUGUAAAUAGGAUCAGCCCAAGUAUCAAAACAUUAUAUAUACUGCAUCAACUUUCAAAUUGAAUAAAAUAUUAAAUUGUUACAAAAUAUUAAAUAUGCUUCCUAAGACCAUAUGUGGUUUUUUGGGGGAAGGGGGGACUUUUAUAUAUGUUUUCCAACAUUUUAAAGAUAAUUAUUUAUAAUACCAUUGUACUUUCAAUAUGAGUGGUUUAUAGAUUGCUUAUUUUGUUUUAACCUAAGUAUUUCUAUUUUUCUGUUAGCAUUUAAAUAAUCUGUAUGCCAAAUUUAGAAGAAUACUGAUGUGUAACCUUUUAAAUAGCAUCUCAGGAAGUCUGAUGUCAUCUAUAAUAAGAAAAAUUUAGAUAUUUAUUGCAAAAUAGAAAUUUUUUAUUAUCAGUUAAAUGUCAUAUUUGUUAAUAGUGGUUGCAUGAGGUAUAUAUCUGAAAAUGUUUCUUUGGAUUUUAAAGAUGUUUGAACAUUAUUUACUUAUAAUUGUGUUAACAUUUGAAAACGAUUUACAGUUUGGCUGAAUUUACUUCAUCCAAUAUAUUUUAAAACAUAAUUUUCCCCUAAUAUUAGUUUUUUUAAGUGUGCAUGUGAAAAGAAAUCCAGCUGUCAUAUUUGUGAUGUCCAAAUUCUCAGACACCUAAAUCAGUGUUAUGAAUUUUAUAAAAAUGUACAUAAGGCAUGUAUCCCUUCAAGGAAUUAUUUGGUCAAGAGACAGAAUAAAUUUUGAUAUUCCUUGCUCAGCUUGUAAAAUUCGCGCAAAAGGUUGAUUUGUAAACUAUGCAAAAUUGUAGCUAAGUAGUCAAAAAUGAAAGCUUUUUCAUAGUGUAAUCUUAUUCAAGAAGCAUUGUAUACUUACUGUUUGAAGAGCUGCUAACUUUUGUUCUGUUGUAGUUGAGGUAUAUCACAAUGUUUUCUUAUUUAUUAGCUUUUACAUUCUUAGUUUUAUAUUACAUUAAAGAGCACUUUUUUUGGUUGUUUGAUUUGUUAA